UCUUCCACAGCAAGUUUCAGCGCACACAAAACACAAAACCCAGUUCUUCUUCUGCUUCUUCUUAGAGUUCAGAUUCAAAAGCUUCUUAUUCUCAUUCAUGGCGGUACUGUAUUAGGUUUCUUUCUUCUUUGGUUAGGGUUUGCUUUUUCCACAAAGUCAUUUCGAUUCGAUAAUGGCAACUACUCAAUCAGUUCAACUAUUUCACGGCGUCCGUUUCGUCCUCUUUGGAUUCGACUCUAUUAAUGAACAUAAGAUUCGAUCGAAGCUUGUGGAAGGUGGGGGAGUUGAUGCUGGUCAGUACAGCCAAAAUUGCACACAUGUGAUUGUGGAUAAAGUUGUUUAUGAUGAUCCUUUAUGUGUUGAUGCUCGAAAAGACUGCAAAACAGUAGUGACUGGUUUAUGGGUAGAUCAUAGUUUUGACGCUGGAAUGGUGGUUGACGCCACUACGAUAAUGUACAGACCACUUAGAGACUUGAAUGGUAUACCGGGUGCUAAAAGUUUAAUUAUUUGCUUGACUGGAUACCAGCGACAAGACAGAGAUGACAUUAUGAAUAUGGUUGCCUUAAUGGGUGCACAUUUUUCUAAGCCAUUGGUGGCGAAUAAAGUCACUCAUCUCAUUUGCUACAAAUUUGAAGGAGAAAAAUAUGAACUUGCCAAGAGAUUGAACAAGAUAAAGCUGGUCAAUCAUCGUUGGCUGGAGGAUUGCUUAAGGGAGUGGGAUGUUCUUCCAGAAGUCGAUUAUAACACAAGUGGCUAUGAGUUGGAGAUGAUGGAGGCUGAGGCAAAGGAUUCUGAAGAUGAGGUUGAAGAUACAUCUCUUAAGCAAUAUGUAGUAGAAAACGUGCAUAGAAGUCCUAUCAAUUUAGCAACUAGCUUUCCAGAGACACAUGCAUCACCCAAACCAGCUGCAGAGGCGCAACAUAUUCCACCUGAUUCACCACUGCCUAAGAGUCCUUUAAAUGUCAUUGCUAUUGAUGACAAGUUUUCAGUGCAUGGAGUAGAGAAAAGAUCGUCUCCAGCCUCAAGUUUGGAUUUUGGGAAUCAGGAUUCUAACAUCCUUAAGGGGACUUACUAUAGCAAAGAACUCGACUCUCGUUAUCAAUCUCCUGAUGGUAAGAAUGCAAGGAAUGACUGGACAUCUAAUUCUCGGAGUGUUGAAAGGGUUCGUUCUAAUGAGAGGUCUGGUGCUGCAAAUUCUUCAAAGAAAAAACCGAGGAGAUUAGGAGAAUUAUCAGGCAAUGGAAGUGGCUUUGACAGAGAACCUAUGGGUGAACCCAAAGUCAAUAAUCUUUCAUCUUUAGCACAAGCAAAGAAUAGAAUUAGCUCUGAUUAUGUUGAAGCACUUCAUUUACAAUCUGGAGUUAAUCCAACUGAUUUUUCGCCUCCAAAAGAGAUACGAAAUGGUUAUGGUAGUCCCAUUUUGCAAAAGAUAAACGACAACGUGAAAUCAUGCAUUAGGAAGAGUCCAUCACCAAACAGUAAAAUUCUUGGGCUGAAACCAAUGUCUUCCUAUGAUACUAACGCUAAUCGAGUUCCUUUUGGUAGUGGAUGCUCCUACAAUGGGUUUGCAAAUGUGAACUCUGCAAUUGAAUCACGCUCUACUGAUGCUGGGCAGCAUGAUCAUGCAAAUGACAAGACAUCUCCAUCCUCUUUCAAGAGAGUAAAAACAUCCUUAUCCCAUGGUCCAGACUUCAACAAUUUUGUGAAGGAGAAUUCUACACCUGUGGCUGCCACAAGGGAACCCCAGAGUGAUCAGCAGAAUGUUAAGGGUUUUGAAAGUAAGAAUACAUCUCCAUCCUCUUCCAAGAGACUAAAAACAUCCUUAUCCAGUGGUCUGGACUUCAACAAUUUUGUUAAGGAGAAUUCCUCACCUGCGGCCAAUACAAGGGAACCCAAGAAUGAUCAACAGGAUGGAAAGGGUUCUGAACACGAGAUGACAACUCCGUCCUCUUUCAAUAGAGUGGAAACAACCUUAUCUAGUGGUCCGGACUUUAACACUUUUGUUAAGGAGAAUUCUACACCUGUGGUUGCCGUUACAAGGGAACCCCAGAAUGAUCAGCAGGAUGGUAAGGGUUCUGAGAGUAACAGAGAUCCAGAGAUUAAUAAUUCCAACGGCCCUUCUAGUUUGAACUUGCUAGGAGAUGAGAACUUAGUUACUAAACCGCUACGAAAGAAGACGGUUUCGAAGAAGACAUUGGGUACAAGACCCAAGAAAGUUUCUACUGCAAACCAAAAGGGUUCCAUUUACUUGGGCAAAGACAGUACGUCCCAAAAUGAUGCAGCGGCUUGUUUGAGUGGAGAAAAGAAUGAGAAAUCUCCCAAGACCAAAAAGACUCAAUUGUCGUAUCCUAUUGUCAACAAUGAAGCACCAACAAAAGCAGUGGCAGAACAUACUAAUAGAUCUCGAGAUAAUGCUAUGCCUCAAAUAGAAUCUCUAGAUGAUGAAACAGAGGCUCCAGAAGAAAAGGUUGAGCUGGUGUCGGAGAAUGUAGUUAACAAACAAAAUGAUAAUGACACAGAGAAGAAAUCAACAAGCACGCAGCAUGUAUCAAAUGACGUCAUCACUAAUAUUCAGGAAGUGGCCUCAGAACAAGGCAAAAAAGGAAAUGAAACAGAAAAUGCAGUGGAUAGCACUACUUCAGCUCCGGCCAAACCAAGCUCAAAGGUAGAUGGAUUGAAGAGGAAAACACAUAAAGAGAAAAAAGUCACUAAGAAUAAGAAAGUUCUUGAGGUGGCAGAUGUAAUGAAAUCUAAAGAACCUAUUAAUAAUAGCGAGGACAUUCAGAAUGAAAACAAUGGUGUGCAGGAUACAGAGGAAAAGAAAGCUGUUAAAAGUCCUCCUAAACCUAAGCACCAAAAAGUAUCCAAAAAGAAUUCUGUGGAAGAAGAGGAGAAGGAGAACAAGCCAACUAACAGUGGAAAUGAAAAUAAACGUCGAGCUAAAAAGCAUGUAGAACAAUCAGUUGUUCAGUCUAAUAUUACGCCAACAAAGGUUCAGCAAAGUGCUUCAAAGUGCAGUCGUAACUCUUCAAAGCAAGUGGAAAGAGAUGCAAAUAGUGUUCAAAAUGAACCUGCAAUGUUUAUUUUAAGUGGACAUCGACUUCAACGGAAGGAGUUUCAGAGUGUUAUUAGGCGUUUGAAAGGAAAAUUUUGCCGUGAUUCACAUCAGUGGUCUUACCAGGCCACACACUUCAUUGCUCCGGAUCCAAUUCGCAGGACUGAGAAAUUUUUUGCUGCAGCAGCAUCUGGAAGAUGGAUUCUUAAGAUGGAUUAUUUAACGGCUUGUAACCAGGCAGGAAAAUUCUUGGAAGAGGAGCCUUAUGAAUGGUACAAGAAUGGCCUUAAUGAAGAUGGUGCAAUUAACUUAGAGGCUCCAAGGAAGUGGCGUCUCUUGAGGCAAAGAACAGGUCACGGUGCUCUUCAUGGAAUGCGCAUACUCGUAUAUGGUGAAUGUAUAGCGCCACCUUUGGACACCCUGAAGCGCGUAGUGAAGGCUGGAGACGGCACCAUACUAGCAACAUCUCCACCCUACACUCGCUUCCUGAACUCGAGCGUUGACUUCGCAAUCAUCUCUCCCGGCAUGCCACGUGUAGAUGCAUGGGUCCAGGAGUUUUUAAAGCACGAGAUACCAUGUGUGGUAGCUGAUUAUUUAGUGGAAUACGUAUGCAAACCCGGGUACUCCCUCGACAAGCAUGUGCUAUACAACACUCAUGGUUGGGCUGAGAAGUCAUUUGCCAAACUCCAAGAGAUUGCAGAGGAGAAAGUUGUGAUGGAGCUGACACCACCAGAUUACAAUGAUGUACCUUGCCAGGUAUGUGGGUCUCGUGGUAGAGGAGAUGUGAUGUUGAUAUGCGGUGAUGAAGAUGGCUCUAACGGUUGUGGAGUUGGUUGUCAUAUUGAUUGUUGUGAUCCUCCAUUUCAAGAUAUUCCUGAGGAUGACUGGUUUUGCUUGGACUGUGUUAAAAGCAAAACCAGUGAUCAGUCUUCAAAUAAGAAAAGGAAAAAGGGGACCCCUUCAUUGAAGAAGAAGAGGAGCAAGUUUUAGAUUAGAUAGAUCGAUAGAUAUGUGGGGAUAACUUUAUGCUUUUUAUGGACUGUCUUGUAUUUUAUUUUAUUUUGACAUUGUUUGUAUAUUGUGUUGUUAUUCAAAUAACAAAAAUGCUGAACAUCCGGGCAGGAUUUAUCACGAGGUUAAUGUGACAUUUUUUUUAUGAGCA